AAAUGUGAAUGCAGACCCUACCCAGCUAUCUGUGGAGACAACAUUCCAAUGUGCUUGAUUAACUGUGAACAUGGCCUUAAAACAGACAACAAUGGCUGCCCUAAAUGUGAAUGCAGACCCUACCCCGCUAUCUGUGGAGACAACAUUCCAGCUUGCCAUCUUCACUGUGAGGAUGGAUUUGAAGUUGAUGAGAAUAACUGCCCACUGUGUCAAUGCAAAGCCCCAAUUCCAGUAACACAGAUUAAUGACUUGACUACAGUGCCACCUACAUGUAGCCCAGUAAGAUGCAAAAUGUUUUGUCAACAUGGCUUCAAACGAAACAGUGCAGGCUGUGAAUUCUGUGAGUGUCGAUCCCCACCAGCAAUUCAAUGUCCAUCAAUCAGAUGCAGAAUGCACUGUGAACAUGGGUUUAAAACUGACAUUAAUGGAUGCGAAAUUUGUGAGUGCCAAUCGCCACCCGAGUGUUCCCCUGUUAUGUGUAUGAUGCAUUGUGAACAUGGGUUUAAAACUGACGCCAACGGGUGUGAUACCUGUGAAUGUAAACAAAAUCCUACUUGUGGAGAGAACAUUGUAAGCUGCCAAAAAAAUUGUGAGUUUGGGUUUGAGGUUGAUGACAACAACUGUCCCCAUUGUGAAUGCAGAAAGUACCCCUUGGAGUGUGGUGAGAAGAUAGCCAGUUGUCAACUUCGAUGUGAUUAUGGAUUUGCUGUUGAUGAAAAUAAAUGCCCAAUAUGUCAAUGUAAAGGUUAUAAUGUUAUAGUCAUUGACAACAUCAUGGAUGAUCCAAGACCAACUGUAUCAGGAACAACUACAAUAUCAGCACAUAUAAAUGGAUUCAUGGUUGUAUUAGCCAUGCUGGUUAAUGCUGCCAUAAGAGUCAUGCAAUACUAGACGUAUGAGAAUUUAUAUGGGACAUAGAUUAACUGAUCUCUUAUGAAUGUAUA